GAUUUGUGCUCAGCAUGUAGAAGACGCACGUUUUAGCUUCUCCGUAUUAAGUUUAUAUCAGCACACGGCGGAGGAUGGACUCUUCUACAAACAGUUUAGAAGACGUCUCAGCGGACGGCAGCACGGAAUUCCCAGACAGGACGUCCAUGAUGGAGGUGCGCCUGCAGGCGCAGGAGGACGAGAUCACGCUGCUGAAAUCGUCACUCGCAGACGCCCUCCGAAGGAUCCGCCUUCACGAUCAGCUCCUCCCAUUACUUACACAGCAGCUCAUUGCAGUGAACCCAAGCGCGGCACGGGUGCUAAACCAAGUCUACUGCACCGAUGGUUGGACCAGUAGCAGAAAACUGUCCUCCAGCUCUGCCAUUGAUGGAAUUCGUCAUCCUGCCACUAGCCAAUUGUCAGAGAAGAUUGUGGCCAAAGAGAAUGACCACGUAGUGGGUCCAGUGUCCAUGGAGCCUAGACCCAGACCAGCAACAUUGGACAGGUCAACCCAGACAGAUCCAGUCGUACCAGGACAGGACAAAGUCCCACUGGCUCUGACCAGAGUAGUCCAGAGUCUACAACUGGAAGACGCACUCCCUCCAAGGCCAUCUGUUGAGGGGAGCCGGGCCAAGCUCCACCGUGCUCCUGGUCUGGAAGAUGAUGACGAUGAGGAGCAGGAAGAAGAUGAAGACGGAGGACACCAGGAAAAAGAAUUGAGUUGGGUCUCAUCCGUGGAAGAGCCUAUUCAGCCCACCACCAUCAGAUGCCUGCAGAGGGAGGACUUCCACAGUGACAGCUGCUCUACAGAAGAGCACAGCUCUGCCUUGGCCCCAAGUAAAGACCAGAACAUCAGUUCUCGUCCAGGACCCCUGUCCACUAUUCAGGAAGGAGUAAAGAAUCCGCUGAUCCGCAGGAACAGCGAGAAACUCGGGCGAGACGCCACAGACAGGCAGAAGAAGCGUCUGGACAAGAAGGCGGCGUCCUCGGCCAACCUGCUGACACGCUCGCCCAGCCUGGAGAAUCGCGCGAAGGAGCUCAUCACCAGUGCAGGCUCUGGAUCCCGAAGAGGAACCUACGGCCAAGGGCAGUCAAUCAAAAUGUUCAUCCGAGGACGACCAAUAACUAUGUACAUCCCCUCUAACAUCCAGAACUAUGAGGACCUAAAGAUGGAACCGCCCUCAGAGAGACUAGAGUUGGACUGGGUCUAUGGUUACCGAGGACGAGAUUGCCGUGCCAACCUGUACUUCCUGCCAACGGGUGAAGCAGUGUACUUCAUUGCCUGUGUUGUUGUGCUUUACCACAUCAGUAAUUGCACCCAGCGACACUAUCGCAAACACACCGACUGCGUCCGCUGUCUUACCCUCCAUCCUGACAAAGUGCGAGUGGCAUCUGGACAAAUGGCAGGUGUGACAAAGAUGCAAGGUGACGGUCAACCCCUGCAGUCAUGUGUCCACAUAUGGGACUCCCACACCCUCGUCACGCUGCAGCAGAUCGGCUUGGGGACGUUUCAGAAGGGUGGAUCAGUUGCGUUCUCCUUCGCUGACUCUGGAGCUUUUUUGUGUGUGAUUGAUGACUCUAAUGAACACAUGUUGUCGGUAUGGGACUGCACCAAGGGGACCAAACAUGCAGAGGUCAAGAGUACGAAUGAGGCCGUAUUUGCCGUGGAGUUCAACCCCAGUGACAGCACCAACAUCAUCACAUGUGGAAAAUCUCAUGUCUACUUCUGGACGCUUAGUGCUGGACAGUUCACCAAGAAACAAGGCAUCUUUGGAAAAUACAAGAAGCCAAAGUUCAUUCAGUGCUUUGUCUUCAGUCUGACUGGAGACGUUCUGACCGGAGACUCUGAAGGAAACAUCCUGACGUGGGGAAAAUCAGCUGCAGAUGUCAAAACCCUUGGUAAAGGGGCCAAAGAGACCUUCCAGAUCAUGCGUCAAACCAGGGCCCAUGAAGGCAGCGUGUUUACCCUGUGCACCCUACAGGGUGGUGGUCUGCGCGGCGGAGGGAAAGACCACAAGAUCAUUCGCUGGAGCGCCGACCUGGCACCCGAGAGAGAGUGUGAGAUUCCAGAAAAGUAUGCGGUUCGUACUAUUGCAGAUGUGGACGGGGAGGAAGAACUGGUCGGUACAACUCGAAACGUCCUUAGAGGCACCUUGUCAGAUGUUGUGGCCAUAGUGCAAGGUCACGUGGAUGAGAUGUGGGGUUUGGCGACGCACCCGUCUAAGAACGUCUUCCUCACCUGUGCUCAUGACAGACAGGUGUGUCUAUGGAAUGCUGAGGACCACAAACUGGACUGGAGCACCACAUUGGAGGAGUACGGCCUGUGCGCUGAUUUCUGUCCAAGUGGAUCAGUGGUGUCAGUCGGCCUCAGCACAGGAAGCUGGAGAUGUUGUCGCUAAAAUCUGUGUACCUCUGACCAGGUGGUUGUCCUCGACGUGCUGACGAGUGACGUGGUCUCUGACUCCACCGAUGGGAAUGAGCAGUUGUCCGUCAUGAGAUACUCACCAGAUGGCAGUUUUUUGGCCGUUGGAUCACAUGACAACUUCAUCUACAUCUACAGUGUGACAGAGAACGGCCGGCGCUACACCCGCUUUGGGAAAUGUAAUGGUCAUUCCAGCUUCAUAACUCAUCUGGAUUGGUCUAAAGAUGGGAAGUACAUUAUGUCUAAUUCAGGCGACUAUGAGAUUCUUUACUGGGACAUUGCUACAGGGUGCAAACUGUUGAGGAAUCGUUUCGAGAGCAAAGACAGAGAAUGGGCCUCGUAUACCUGUGUGCUCGGUUUUCAUGUCAUGGGUGUGUGGUUGGAAGGUUCUGAUGGCACAGACAUCAAUGCAUUAUGUCGGUCUCACAGUGAGAGGGUGGUAGCAGUGGCUGAUGACUUCUGUAAAGUCCACCUGUUCCAGUACCCGUGUCCUAAACCAAAGGCCCCAAGCCACAGGUACGAGGGCCACGGCAGCCAUGUCACCAAUGUCUGCUUCACCCACAGCGACUCCCACCUGCUCUCAAUGGGCGGGAAAGACACCUGUAUCCUUCAGUGGAAGGUGACCGGAGGUGGGGUGGGCAUCAACAGGGAAAGACUGACGUCUGCAUCUUCCAACUCGGCCAGCUCCCCAGAACCCGGCACCACCUAGGAACCAACACAGACCUGUUCUUAAAUGUGAAAGGGGAAGAACCGUUUAACUCAAGGCGUGCGGCUGAUUUGUGGCUCAGCCGGACCUCUACCAUGUUCUUUUUGUACCGUGCAGAGCUGUGUGUGUCCAGAUUGUCGCAAUUACUU